CAAUCAACUUAAUCUAUAAAAAACUGAUCAAAACAUACAAAAUAGAAUAGAAUUAUGAUAGAAAAAUAAAUUUUGAUCGAAAAUAUUUGGUAAAUCAGAAAGUAUAAUAAGUUCUACCUCUGUGUUUGAUGGAAAACAUGUCCGGAACAAAAUUAGACAUUCUCUGGUCACCGGUGCACCAUGAUAAAUUUAUUGUUUGGGGUCCUGACAUAACCUUAUAUGAAGUUGCAAAACUUACAGAAAUUGAGAAGAAAACAACAUUUAGUCAGAUAUCGUCAACGCGAGGGGCGACAGUGUUGGCAUCGCAGAGCGCUAGCGGUGUACGCUGUGUGGACAUCAGUGCUAUAGCUGAUCAUCCUGACCUGUUGCUUGCACUGGGACAUGUCAGUGGCAGAGUUACCCUUGCCAGCAUCAAACAGACAUAUGAUCCAUUAGGACUCGUCGGAAGAGAGUUUGUGCCCAAAUAUGGACGUCCAUGUAAUGGGUUGUCAUGGAGUCAUGAUGAGACCAAUCUCAUAGCGGUGGCAUUGGACAAACACCGCAGUGACAACUGUAUUCAAGUUUGGGAUGCAAACAGAUCUUCUGUGUCAACUGAUGAAUUUACAGAAAACACUCCAGCACUUCAAUCAGAGCCUGCGCGGCCCAUUGCUGAGCUGGCCUUGUCAGAGACUGCUCACAGUGUGGCCUGGACUGAUCUCGGGAACCGCACUCUUGCUGCAUCCAUGAAUAUGAAGCAUAUAAAGAUUUAUGACCUAAGAGAGCAGAGCGGGACGGCUGUGGGCGUGGCGACGAGCCGGCAAUGCCUGGGAGUGUGCGCGGCGCGGCGCGGCUGGCAGCUGGCGUCGCGCGGCGAGGCCGGCGUCUGCGUGUGGGACGCGCGCGCGCUCGCCCGCCCGCUGCUCACACUGCCCUGCGCUCGCCCGCCUCGCAAAAUACAGUGGUGUCCCACGAGACGAAACCUUCUGAUGUCGCUGCAGCGCGACUCCAGCACGUUGCGCCUGCACGACAUACAGCACGCGCAGGAGUACAGAUCAUCACAAUCAGUCGAUAGUUCAAUGUCUGCGACUCCGGCGCUGGAGGAGACGGAGGAGGGCGGGGCGCGCGGGCCGAGCGUGCUGGAGCGCGAUGUGAGCCCCGCCGCGCAGCCGCUCGCCGCCUUCUGCUGGCACCCCGCGCACGAGGCCCGACUGCUCGCGCUCUGCCUCUCCGGCGGCGUGGUGGAGUACACGGUGUGCGAGCGCGUGACGCUGGCGUGGGGGGCGCGCGGCGGGCUGGUGUGGGCGGGGGGCGGAGCGCUGCGGCUCAUGCGGGACGACUUCUACGGCGCGCUGCAGGACGUCUCCCAUCGCAUGCAGCGCCGCGCCGCCACCGACUACGGCCUCAAGCCGGACCUGUGGCAGAACGCAGAUCUGGCCGAGGACGAGGCUCUGAGUGGGUUAUGGCACUUCCUGGCGCUGAGCAAGUCCUUGGUGGAGGACGGAUGCUUCCGCAACAGUCCGUGGAAGUUGCCGGGCGUGCGCACAGUGCUGCGCGCGCCGGGCGACGGCGGGUACCGCUCCGAGGCCGUGCCGCUGCUGCUGCCCGACAUGCCCAACCGCAAGGUCACCGUAUACAGGAGUGCGGAGCGCACUUGCGCGCUGCAGCUGUGCGGGUGGGGCUGGGGCUGGGAGAACGCGGGCGUGGGCGUGGAGCGCGCGGAGGCGGAGGGCACGCCCUGCCGCGCCGCCGCCCUCGCCGCCUUCCAUCUGCGCACGCGCACUGCGCUCGACGUGCUGUCGCGCGCGCAGGAGCCGCGUCUGCGCGUCGCUGCACUCGCGCUGGCGGGUCCGGGCGCGGACGAGCGGCUGUGGCGCGACGCGAUGAGUGCGGCGGCACCCGCGCUGCCCGACGCCUACCUGCGGGCGCUGCUGCACUUCCUGGCCGCCACCGCCAGCGCGGGCGCAGCGCAGCCCGACCUCAGCGCCGUGCUCAACGAGACGGAGAUGCGGCUGGAGGACCGCGUGGCGUUCGCGUGCAUCUUCCUGCCGGACGGGCGGCUGCAGGAGUACGUGCGGGCCACUUGCGACGCGCUCACCGAGCAGGGCGACCUCGCCGGCAUCCUGCUCACAGGCGUGAGUCCGGAGGGCGUGGCGCUGCUGCAGCGCUGGGUGGAGGCGACGGGCGACGUGCAGUCCGCGGCGCUGCUGGCCGCGCGCUGCUGCCCCGCAGACCUGCUGCGCGACCGCCGCGUCUCCGCCUGGCUCGAGAGCUACCGCACGCUGCUGGACAGCUGGCGCAUGUGGUGGGCGAGGUGCGCACUGGACACGUGCGUGUGCGCGUGCGCGGGCGAGGCGGGGGAGGGCGCGGGCUCGCCGGCGGCGGCGCGGCGCGUGGGCGUGGCCUGCAACUACUGCGGCAAGUGCGUGGCCGCGCCCGCACACAGCGCCCGCCCGCGCGCCGCACUCGCGCGCCUCCCGCCGCCCGCCAACAAGAUGAAGAUAUCGUCGUGUCCGAACUGCCGCAAGCCGCUGCCGCGCUGCGGCGUGUGUCUGCUGCACCUGGGCACGGGUAGCGGCUUCGUGAGCGUGGGCGGCGUGGGCGGCGGGGUGGGCGGCAUCGUGGGGGGCAGCGUGGGCGUGGGCGGGGCGCAGUUCGGCGGCUGGUUCAGCUGGUGCGUGGCGUGCCGACACGGGGGACACGCCGCUCACUUGCUGCAAUGGUUCAGCGAGCACUCUGAGUGCCCGGUGAGCUCGUGCUCGUGUCGCUGCAGUUCUCUGGACCCGCCCGACCAGCUGUAGCCGCGCUCACAACGAGCCCUCGCAAACUCUACACGUACACCUUAAUUAGUGUUUUAAAGUUCACAUUUUGAAAAUUAUGAAAAUGACAGCGUCGAUGCCCAAUUACGUGUAUAAAUUCUUUGACAAAUUUGUGUUCAUGUGAAAAUCCGAAUAAUGUAUUGCAUAAUGUCAGUCAACAAACUGCUCGCAUUCUAUUCGCUCAAACAUCAUAAAAUUACGUUAAGAACUACUUUCAUUUUCAAUUCUCUUACUUCAUUUUGACAUAUUUGAAAAGUCUACGAUAGAACCUAUCGCAGGGCUUUAAAUUCGU